AUGCUGCCAGACUCAACUCAAGCACCACACGCUGCUCUGGCUGCAAGCCGCGUCGCAUCGCCGUACCUCCCUGCAGCCUCCGCUGGACUCUUUGCUCCUCCUCCACACUCGGCUCUCUUUGAUCCUUCCAGCCAAACACAGCAUCAGCACAUUCAGCCUCCAUCUCAACCACACUGCAACUUUGCCAUCCAGGACGCUUCGUUCCAGCAGAGCACCUUUCCUGAUUUCUCAGCUCCAUCGCACCAAGCUACCUACCGCGUAGCUGCCAUUCCACGUACUCCCCAGCCGCUCGACUACAGCGGUCCCUAUCAGCCGCUCGACCAGCACAUUCAGCAGCAGCCCCCGCCGCCGCAAUCGGUGCCAUUUCACCCACACCUCUACGCCUCAAACUCGUACGCAGCCUUGUCAGGCCCUCCGUCAGCAGCCCCUUUUGCACCCGACAUGUCCUCGCAAGCAUAUACACGCUCGGAUAUGGGCAUCAUGUCAAACAAUCUCGGCGUGCCCAUGAUGCGCUACGCCUCUUUCCCCAUCUCUGCCGACGACAUGUCGCGUGCAGGCCCUUCCAACGGCCCUCCCGGCCCCAUGACUCAGCAGGACAUCGACAAUCUACUCGCCCUCUCGCGUGCCCAGGCUGGCACCAACUGCGAUCUGAGCGCAUUCCCGUGCACCUACUGUGACAAGGUCUACACUGGCAAACACGCCCGCAGCAUCUGGCGUCGACAUCUUCAGGACAAGCACAACAUCCCUCUGAGCGCCCAGCCUCGUCGUACUCGUUGGGACGGCGACGUCAAUCGUCCAAAGAAUGCCGAAGAGCGUCGCGCACGAAUGCUCGAGAGCAAACGUCGAUGGGCCAGAAAGAAGCGUCUCCAAGAGAAGCAGGCCGCUCAAGGCAGCAAGUCGGGCGGUAGCAACACCCCCAUGCCCGACGAAACGGACGAGGACGAUGCCGACGACGGUGCCGACGACGGUGCCGACGAUGGUGCCGACGCCGAUGUUUCCAACAUGUCGAUCAACUUCUCACGAGACGUCGACACCGACGCCGAUGACUCUUUGUCCUUUCACCAUUCUCGGGCUCGAUCUCAAAAUCAAGCUGCUAGACGACUUUCACUCAAGCCACACGAUGCUGCACAGCCGCUCCCUUCUCCUCAAGCUCAGUUCUUUGCCUCGCAAGAAGAUUUCGGACGCUCUGCGCAGAGACAGCCACUGGCUCCCUCCACCGCAUACAAUGUUGCGGGUCCAAGUACCUUGGCGCCUCAACACCCGACUCAGCUGCCUUUGGCAUCACGCGGUUCACAUGAGGCGCCGUUAAGCACCGCCUUGUACUCGAACUCGCCCUUGCGUCGCAGUGGUCUCGCCCUUGCUCCUGUCUCGCAAAAUGAAGCUGGUCUACCGCUGCUUUCCAACCCCAACACAAGCUUGAGCUCGAGCAGCAGUGACUACUCACAUCCCAAUUCGGCCAGUUUCUUCCAGGACAGCUUUACCGGCAACACGAGCAACUCGGGCAGCGACUCUGUUAAUACUUCAAUCGACACUCCUGCUACCAACUGGCCUCCUCUACCUUCUCUUGACGGUGGCGCGGACAAAGCUACCAUUGGCAGCGCCAUGGAAACGCAUACUGCGACCGAGGCACCACCUCGCCCGCCAAAGGGAGACACUCGUGACGCAGCCAUCCAGCUCUUGGCACUUCGAUCUAGCUCCAACUCGCCCACAGAUGACCGCGAGAUGAGCCUGAGACGAAGAGACGCCAUCGAGGACGCUCCCUGGAGCUCGACGCCGAGCCGAGGCAAAGCAAUGGCAUCAGAGCACGGAGCGCUCACCGCCUUGUCGUGCUCGGCAGCGGCAGAGACACGCCGAAAGGGUGGUGCUAUCGACGAUGUCGGUCUGAGCCCAUCGCCAGUUUCGCGCACGCUCGCCGCAUCCGGAGCAAAUGCGGUGCGAACAUUGCCUGUUACUACACCGGCAUCUGUAGGUCGUGGCGGCGACAACCCGUUCAGCCUGGACAAACACAAGAUUUCGCCGUACCGAAAGCUCAGCUAUUCGGGCGCGCCUGUCUCGCCCGUUGCCUCGCCAACCCAUUUCGCUUUCGGCGUGAAUUUGGCCAAGAGCCUUUCGACUUCGAGCUCGACCUCGACAGCGGACGCGCACGUGGUCAAGCUGCCCCCUCUUGUCAGCACUCCCAUUCGACCAUCGUCGCAAGGUGUUCAUGCCGACGGCGAGACAGUGACAGAGCGUAUCAAGGUCGAAUCACUGCCUCCUUUGCUGGGCUCGGCGAGCAAGAAAGCGAUCGGCGGCACGGGGGCUCCCAACAUGUCGACGCCCUUUUCAAAGCCCAUGUCUGGUCUUGGCUUUUCCGCGCUGCGACGCGGCGGUGCAGGCACCACUGCCAACGCCCACGUCGCUUGCGCCGCUUCUUCGGUGCGACCCUCGCCUUCUCGUAACCACUCGGAUGAUCAGUUCAGCUCUCCACAACACCUCAACCUGACCGAGAGUUUGGGACUGGCGCCGCACUCGAUCUCGCGCACUUCGUCGUACGCUUCUGGAUGCUAUUCUUCGUCGCUGGGACUGACUCCGAGCGUUGCCAAUAUCUCGGCUGGCUUGAUUUCAGCCACACCAUUCCAUUCUGGUCUGGGUGCGCUGAGUGGGCUAGGUAGCUUCACGCCUUUGUCUACGAUCAAGGUGGCUGGCUUUUGGCCAGAAUCCACACGCAAGUCGGCUACCAAGGGCGUUGUGCUCGAUGCAUCUUGCAACACCAACAACUCGCCCACAGUGUACAAGUGCAGCUCGUCGCAUGCUUCGCGAACAUCGGCUUCACGCAGCAGCAGCAAACGCAAGCUGUCGGCGCUGCGCAAGCGCACCACGAGCCAGUCUCGCACCGCUUCGCCAGUGGGCGGCACGGGCGACAUCUUUGACUCGAACUACCACAAGAACAGUGUUGGUGGCAAGGAGCUCAGCAGCGACGAUACGUUUGGCGAUGAGGAUGAUGAGGAAAAUCUGAUCGGUGCGUUGGAUACGCCCAGCAGGCCGGCAGUGAUGAGGAAGCUUGCGCGAACCAAGAGUGCCGCCGAGGGCGAGAAUCUGUCUAGGUCACCGUUGCGCGUCAUUGGGAUGAAUCAGUGA